CAAUAAAGGGCCAGAUGGCUGUGCUGCCCAAUUUAUACACAGGCCUCACGGGAGAAACACUGUCAGCUCCUUCUCCAAAGUCAGCACGUGGACCUGACCCCUCCUCGGUAUUUAGCCCUGUUGGCAGUUAGCAGAGCACCAAGACUUGUCCCGUCUUUAAGGAGCAGCCAUUUCUAGAGUCAGAUCAGCCAAGAGUGCAGAGAGCCGGACUCAGGAUCAGAGGAAACAUGAGCAACCCUCAGCCUUUGGAGGAGGAGGUAUACGACAUGUCAGGCGCCCGCUUAGCCCUGACACUGUGCGUCACCAAAGCCCGGAAAGGUUCGGAGGCAGACCUGGACGCCCUGGAACGCAUGUUCCAGCAGCUGGGAUUUGAGAGCACCAUGAAGAGAAACCCCACCGCUCAGCAAUUCCAGGAAGAGCUGGAAAAUUUUCAGCAGGCCAUGGACGCCCGGGAUGACUUCAUCAGCUGUGCUUUUGUGGUGCUCAUGGCACAUGGGCUGGAAGGUCGCCUCAAAGGAGAGGAUGAGAAGCUGGUUGAGCUGGAAAACCUUUUCGAGGUUCUGAACAACAAGAAUUGCCGGGCCCUGAGAGCCAAGCCGAAGGUGUACAUCGUGCAGGCCUGUCGAGGAGAACACAGGGACCCCGGUGAAACAGUAAGUGGAGACAAUAUCGUGAUGGUCGCCAAGGACAGUCCCCAAACCAUCCCAACGUACACGGACACCCUCCACAUCUACUCCACCGUGGAGGGGUACAUCGCAUACAGACAUGACAAAGAGGGCUCCUGCUUCAUCCAGACUCUGGUUGACGUGUUCACAGAGAGGAAAGGACCCAUCCUGGAGCUUCUGACAGAGGUGACCCGGCGAAUGGCAGAAGCAGAGCUGAUUCAGGAAGGAAAAGCAAGGAAAGUGAAUCCCGAGAUCCAAAGCACCCUUCGGAAACGGCUCUAUCUGCAAUAGAAAUACAAAGGGCAAGGAGGGGCUGUCUUUCAAGUGCUCUCUCUGCCCCACAGAUAUUUAGAGGCAGCUCUUACCCCAUCCCUAAAAUCUUUUCUUCUCAAGGCCAAGUAGCACCCAGCCCCCUCUUUCAUCACACUCCUCAAACAGAUCCUCCUUCCAUCUGUCCCUGUCCUUCUUAAAGCAAGCCAGCUAAAACAUAGUACAAGGGCACAGCAAUAAUAUCACCUUCUUCAGGCUGGAAUCUCUAUCUCUAUUAAUGCAACCUAAGAGUACAUUCACUUCUCCUAGUUUCUGCUCCUAUCUUCAACUGAAACCCUUUCUUUCUCCUAUUGAUUACACCUAGGCAAAUGUUACUGGAUAAAGCUCAAGAUACUCUACUGAUAAACCAAUGUCCACUUGCCCCCUCCCAUCCCAAUCAAACUUCCACUGGCUCCUGAAUCUCACUUGGAAUGAUAACCUCCUCUUAAGAACUAUAUCCAUUUCCAUCUCCCAGAGAUUCCCUCCCUACCCCUGGAAAUUCAGUAAGGCAAGAAUCAUUCUCUUUCCAAGACUCCUCUUCCUUAGCAAAAUGGUGCCUUGACAUGAUUCUCCUUUUAGCUUAUGGGCUCUCUGGCUAAUGGAGCAGUUUCACUUUUUCUGAGUCUCUCCCUACUAACUAAUGCCUCCAAAGGCCCUGGACUCAGCCUUCUCUCCAAGAAAAUCCAUCCAUGUAUUCAUUCUCAAGGCUUCACUUUUAACCAGUCUGAAUCAGAGAAUGUUGGAGCUAUGUCAAAUCCUCUAAAGUCACCUUCUUACUUUUCAGACAGUAAGAUAGAGACCCAGAGAGGUUAAAAGGCUUGUCAAAUGCCACACAGGUAGUCAGUAGGAGGGUCAAGGUCUGGCUUCCAGCCCAGCCCCCUUGCCACUGCCUGCUAAGUCUUGAACCAUCAAAACACUUUUCUUAAUUUUUUUAAUGUUUAUUUAAUUUUGAGAGGGGGGGACAGGGGAGGGGCAGAGAGAGAGGAAGACACAGAAUUUGAAGCAGGCUCCAGGCUCUGACCUGCAGCACAGAGCCUGAUGCAGGGCUCAAACUCACAAACCAUGAGAUGAUGACCUGAGCCAAAGUCAGAUGCUCAACCGACUGAGCCACCCAGGUGCCCCAAAACAUUUUCUAAUUAGAGGAACUUUCUAAGAAAAGUUUUCUCUACUUGGAGAUAGGAGCUCCUUGGAAGACCUACAAGCCCUCAAUACCCAAUGGUCAAGGCUACCUGCAUGGGAUUCCAGCACUGGGCUGGAAUUUGAACCAGAUCUCUGCCUGCCAAGUGUAUGAUUCAUGUCUCCCCAUCUCCAGCCUUGACCUUCCCUACUGAAAUAACCUGUGGGCACAUCUGCCAUUAUUGGAAAUUCAUGGUUAGAGAUGAGUCUUUUCUUCCAGUUCCUCCUCCAAGUGUUCCCUGGAACCCUCACCCCAGACCCCAGGUUCAGAAUUCUGCAGUUACCUCACACUCUCCUCUUCUUGCACCCUUCAUAUGCCACCAGGCACCGUGUCCAGCACAGCUUGACUUUGAAACCGUUCUCACAUCUGUCUUCUCUUCCCUUACAAGUCACUCUUGAGGCUCAAGUCCAUCCUCUGUGUCUGCAUCUUUUUACCACCUUCCUUCUUUGCCUCUAUGCCUGCCCAUCUCACCCUAUCUCUGCCCUCCAUCUACAAUUCACCUGCCUGGAAUGCUCAAGAACACACAAUGGUGCCCCAUCAUUUAGAUAUCAAGGCCAAAUCCCACAUCCUGAUUUCUCACACGCUUACAAUUCCCCUUUGUACCAGCAAUCAGCUAAACUCCUCUCUCACCUCCCCCAGUGUGAAUUCACUCCUCCAACACAAAUGUCCCUUUACUCAUUCCUGUUUCUGAGGCUUUGCUAUCACCAUUUCACUAACCAGGUGCCCUUUCUCUCCCUUCACUCCCUUUCCACUACCUCCCACCCAUACAUAUUCCAAAGAACCAUUCCCAACAUUCUUUAUAGUUUAUUCUCCACUCUCACCCAGGAUGAGACACUGAUGAUUACAAGACUGAGGGCGGGAAGAAGUCUUAGAUCAACAUAAUGGAGGUUCAAUAAACAGAUGUCAAACUAUAAAA